AUGUCCAAGAGAAAGCAAGGCGUGGACGAGGAGGAUCUCGUUUCCCUCCCCGAGGAAGAUGAUGGUGAGGAGGAGGAAGAGUACAUCUCCACCGCCGAUGAGGAAGAGGUCUCAGAAGAGGAUGAGGAAGAGGACGAGGAGAACGAAGAGGACGACGAAGAGGAAGAUGGAGAUGAUGAAGAUGGCGGCAAAAAGUCCGAUGCCAAUGGCGUGAAGGGUAAGACCAGCUUCCUGCUGCGCACAUCCCCCUACCGCGCAUACUCCCCGACUCGUAAUACGAUGCUCCUGCGAACCUCGCGCAUCAGCACAACCGAACCGAUGACUUGUUUUGCAUGCGCGCUAACACUCUUCUGCUGUAAACACAGAUGA